AUCUGCUUUGCUUUUUAUAACUUUAUUUUUUCUUUAGAGAGGCAGAAAGAUUGGAAGUGUUCUGAUUUAUUAGCACAUCGAGAUGGCACUGGAUCCUCUCACAUUGCACAAGAGCGAGUUUAGCGUUGCGAACCGAGAGAGCCGCAUCACUUCUGAUUCCUCUCAUCACAUGUAGAGCGUUUUUUUUUUCCUUUCCAGCUCUCAAAUCUAUUCACCUAUCCGACUUGAUCACUGAUUGGUGACUACGGUAUGUCCGAGCAGUUUGUCCUUGAUAUGAUACUUUAACACCGACGACAACAGAGAAAAGAAAGACGAGGGGUUAUUACAGGCUUUUUGGAUAUGGAUACUCCGAAGGAGCCCGGUUUUGUUCCCAACAAGGAGGGUUUCAAACAACUAGCGGGGAAGACACUGGGCCAUUUGCACAAGGUGUUGGAGAAGAGACAGAAACCUGGAGAGAAUAUAGAAUUAACGCAGGAUGGAAGACCAGCUCAGAGUACCGAGAGGAAAACGCCUCUCUGUGACUGUACGUGUUUCGGGCUGCCGCGCCGGUAUAUCAUCGCUAUCAUGAGCGGCCUCGGCUUCUGCAUCUCCUUCGGGAUCCGCUGCAAUCUGGGUGUGGCCAUAGUCAGCAUGGUCAACAACAGCACCAUUCACGUAAACGGCAAGAUCAUCAUCAAAGAGAAAGCUAAGUUUAACUGGGACCCGGAGACCGUGGGAAUGAUCCAUGGUUCAUUUUUCUGGGGAUAUAUAGUGACCCAAAUCCCUGGAGGGUACAUAUCCUCCCGACUAGCAGCCAACAGAGUGUUUGGAGCAGCCAUUGUUCUCACCUCCUUCCUCAACAUGUUCAUCCCGUCUGCUGCUCGUGUUCACUACGGCUGCGUUAUAUUCGUGAGGAUACUGCAGGGACUGGUGGAGGGAGUGACGUACCCAGCAUGCCAUGGGAUCUGGAGUAAAUGGGCCCCUCCACUGGAACGGAGUCGCUUGGCUACUACCUCCUUUUGUGGCUCUUAUGCUGGAGCUGUUGUGGCCAUGCCUCUGGCUGGCAUCCUGGUGCAGUAUACUGGCUGGUCUUCUGUCUUCUAUGUUUACGGGAGUUUCGGCCUAGUGUGGUACGUAUUCUGGAUCUUAGUGUCUUACGAGAGUCCUGCUGAACAUCCAACCAUCACUGACGAGGAGCGCACCUAUAUUGAGGAGAGCAUAGGAGAAAGUGCCAAUCUGAUGGGUCCUGCAGAGAAAUUCAAGACGCCUUGGAGAAAGUUUUUCACCUCUAUGCCAGUCUAUGCAAUCAUUGUUGCCAACUUCUGCAGGAGCUGGACCUUUUAUCUUCUGCUCAUUAGCCAGCCAGCGUACUUUGAGGAGGUGUUCGGCUUUGAGAUCAGCAAGGUUGGCAUGUUGUCCGCCCUUCCUCAUUUGGUGAUGACCAUUAUUGUGCCCAUUGGAGGGCAACUAGCAGAUCAUCUGCGCAGUAAGAAUAUCAUGUCUACGACCAACGUCAGGAAAAUCAUGAACUGUGGAGGCUUUGGUAUGGAGGCCACACUGCUGCUGAUAGUAGGAUACUCUCAAAGUAAAGGAGUAGCCAUCUCAUUCCUAGUGUUAGCUGUUGGCUUUAGUGGUUUUGCAAUAUCAGGCUUUAACGUUAAUCACCUGGACAUUGCUCCACGUUACGCCAGUAUUCUCAUGGGCAUCUCAAAUGGAGUGGGAACCCUUUCGGGCAUGGUGUGCCCUCUGAUUGUGGGUGCCAUGACUAAAAACAAGACCAGAGAAGAGUGGCAGUAUGUGUUCCUCAUCGCCUCUAUGGUCCAUUAUGGCGGUGUGAUCUUCUAUGGCCUCUUCGCUUCGGGUGAAAAACAACCAUGGGCCGACCCGGAGCAGACCAGCGAGGAGAAGUGCGGCUUCAUCGACGAGGACGAGCUGGCUGAGGAGACCGGAGAUAUCACACAGAACUAUGGAGCCCUGGCCGGUCCGGCCAAGUCAUACGGAGCUACCUCGCAACUGAACGGAGGAUGGGCCGAUGGAUGGGAAAAACGAGAGGAAUACGUCCAGGAGGGAGCGGAGGAGGGAGGGUACGGGUACAGGCAGGGUGGGAAUUAUUCCUAG